GAAAAAGGGGGGUUGUUGUGUGCACUUUCUCUUUGUCCUGGAGAGGUGUGUGGGUUGAGCGUGAUUUGACCGUAAGACAGAAAGUGACUUCAGAGGGAAUUACUGAAAAGAGCUGAACAUCUUUCGAGGAUUUUUUUCCUUGGAGGAACUGUCACUGAUUCAACAUGUUGGACAUGGAAACAAAUGGCAGAUAUCACUGAUCUCUGAUGAGAACUUUUAAGGACGUGAAGGGAUUUAAAUGAGGAUAAGUCAACAGUCUUUAAAAGAUUUUCUUCAAGAAAAAGUCUUGCUUUAUUUCUGACUGCUUCUUGGUGGGACUUCAACAGCUGGAUCAGUGUGAAGGUUUUCAAAGUUGACUUUGGGGAAAUAUUAAAGGAUAUUUAAUUGUAUUCCUUGGGAUUAGAAUCAAAUUCUGGUUAUUUUGAAGACUUUUUUUGCAGAUUUAAAACAGCUUUACACUACUUUUAGACAACUUGUUGAUAUUAUUUAUUUGCUCGUGAAUCUGACUUACUGUAGGUGGUGAGCCAACUGUGAGAUGUACUGCUAAAUAUUUCAUCUAUUCUCAAAGGAUACAAUCAAUCAACAUCGAUCAUUUUCAGCUUCUUCCACUUAGUCCAGAGGGACAGUGACUGAGAGGAAAAAUCACUUGCAGAAACCUACCUCAAGUACCAACCACUUUCAUUAUUAAUACAUAAACCAGAAAGAGGAAGAGAGGCAGACAGAGAGAUGGCACAGAUAGAUGGAGGAAAAGAGCAGGGGCGUGUCAAGGACCAGGACCAGCCUGGAGCCAAAGCUGCUGUUGGAGGCCCAACAGCAGGCGGAGGAGUGGUGGUGGAGGUCAGGGAGAAGAAGGGACCUCUGCGGGCUGCGAUACCCACAAUGCCUUUCCCUCUGGCUGUCAUCUGUCUGUUUCUGAACACCUUCAUACCUGGACUCGGUACUUUCAUCUCGGCAUUCACGGUGCUGUGUGGAGCUCGCAGCGAGCUGAUCUCAGAGCGAGGUGUUUGUUGUGUGUUCUGGCUCAACGUGGCAGCAGCCCUCAUUCAGAUACUGACAGCUGUUAUCAUGGUUGGAUGGAUCAUGAGCAUCUUCUGGGGAAUGGACAUGGUCAUCCUGGCAAGCUACAGAGACCAGGGGCUUCCUCAGGACGUCUGAGAGAGGUCGCUCUCCUGUUUGAUGGAUCACACGGACAGUUUGACCUCUUUACCCUCUCUGAUGCCUGAUGGUGACCUUUAGCUUUGUGAUGACCUGCCGUUGCCUAUAUUUCAAACGCCGGCCCACAGAGAGAAGCAGAGACGUGAAAAUAAAUUUGGCACAUGGGAAACGAAGGAAGGAAAGAAUCAGCUGACUGCUUCUGAUUGCACGCUGCUGAUUGGCUGAGCCCACUUCUACAUUUAAUUUAAAGGAACAAGACAAGGAAAGAGAGACUAAAACUGUACAGUCACAAGGAAACAAUGUGUUUGUAUUUUGUUGAGUGAGUAACAGUGAUUUUGAAUUCUGUCUUUUGAUAUUUUUUAUUUCAUGUAUUUGAAAAAAAAAAGUUAAUAUGUAAAAACUUGUAGAGCAGACUACAUGUUAUCUACAUGACAGGAUGAAGGAAAUGAAGGAAGGACAAUGUGUUGGCAUGACUGAGGAAAUUUAGAUGCUGAGUUGCAAGCUUUUUUCCCGUAUUUUUGGCUUGUGAAUUUUGACAGAUGAAAAAAUGAAGGAAAAAAAAUCAAACAAAAACAUUGACGUUAUGUGGCGCAUAACAGUUUUUCCAGAACCAGCGUAACCAGGGUUUUCACUGCCUCUCAGUUGGCUGCCCUGUGCAGCAGCCAAUCUGCUUAAAGAAGUUAAUUUCAGUGUUAGGUGUCACUGGGUUUAUCGUCCCAUGGCCUGUUUCAAAGACUGACUUUAGCAUUAGCCUCCAGUGGGAUUCAGUGGCCUUUCCAUUGUGUGGUUCCAUCUCUAACUGCUCAGUAAUAUUGUGUUUACAGCCAGUACAAAAUCAUGCUGAUUUGCCACUUAAUCUGACAAUCGCUGAGCACAAAAUCAAAAAUUAUUAAAGUGAUGAAUGUAGAGCAAACAUGUCUUCCACUGGAACAUGUCAUCCAACGACCCAGUCGACAGAAAAAAAGUUUGCAUUGUACAUUUCUGCUAACCACAGUUCAGUCAGACAACUCACAUUUAAAUGUUAAUUUCAACAGCAGAACAUAGUUAGAGUUUGACGUCUAGACUCCGGCCUCAUCACUCCCCGCAGAUGUUUACAUAAGACAUUGGAAAGCGAUGAUUAAAUACUUUCCCCUUUAGCCGGAGCCUGCAGGUGGAUGUUGGGGUGGAGGUGGGGCUGAAAGAGGGAGCAGCAGUACUGAUGCAGGGCAGCAGCUGCACAGACAAUGCAAAGGGAGAGCUGGGAAGAAUUUGCAGCCUAAAUAGACCGCCAAAUUGGGAGGGUGUGUUUGUAGUUGACACAUGGGGAGUGACGUAUGACUUGUGUGUAUGAAUCAGUGCAGCUCGAGUUAACUAGCUUGCAGGGGUCGCUCCAUACAUGUUAAAUUCAAUACGUUUCAAAUGUUAAAUUUGUACUUUUCAUAUGUAGCAGAUAUGUUGAAACUUUUCAAACUAUAUGCUGUGACAAUAAUGCGCUUACCGUGUGGUUAGGUUGAAGCACAAAAAACACUUUGUUAGGGUUAGGAAAUUAUUGUGUUUUUGCUUAAAAUGUCCAGUUUGGUCAUCACAAACACUGCUGGAAAUGUCCCAAUGUGUCAUUGAAAAAAAUAUCCAGCUUUGUCGCAACAGACACUGCUGAAAAUGUCUCAAUGUGUUGUUAAAAAAAUACUCAGUUCUGUCGCGACAAACACAGCUAGAACAAGAGGGACUUCGUCCUUCGGCCGAGGUCCCUAAAUAUCCCAACAUGUCGUUGAAAAAUACCCACUUUUGUAGCAUCAAACAUGCCUGGAAAAAUGUCCAGGCAAGUGUCGUUCAAAAAAUAUCCAGCUUUCCAACAAACACAGCUGGAAAUGUCCUGAUGUGUUGUUAAAAAAUUGUUGGUUUUGUUGCAUUAAACACGCUAGAAAUGUCCCAAUGUAUCAUUUUAAAAUAGCCGGUUUUGUCGCGACCAACACAACUGGAAAUAUCCCAACGUGUUGAAGAAAAAUACCCACUUUUGUCGCAAAAAACAUGGCUGGAAAUAUCCAAACAUGUCUUUUAAAAGAUCUCAAGUUUUGUCGCAACAAACACAGCUGAAAAUGUCCUGAUGUGUCGUUUAAAAGAUCUCCAGCUUUGUCGUGACAAACACAGCUGGAAAUAUCCCAACGCAUCGAAGAAAAAUACCCACUUUUGUCGCAAAAAACACGCCUGGAAAAUGUCCCAACAUGUCGUUUAAAAAAUAUCCAGCUUUCCAACAAACACAGCUGGAAAUGUUCUGAUGUGUUCUUAAAAAAUACCCAGUUUUGUCGCAACAAACACAGCUGGAAAUGUCGCGACAUGUCAUUCUAAAAUAGCCGGUUUUGUUUGUUGGUCUUGAACAGUGGUCUGCAGCUUGACAGCUGUCUCGCCCAGGUGUUGCUCCAUCCACCACCUCCUGCUCCUCCUCCUCCUGAUGAGAAACUCAGCCAUAUACAUAUAAUCUGAACUACAUCACUUGAGAAAUGUUGAUAUGAUACGUAUGAAAAGUACAAAUCUAACAUAUCUGUGGUUUGCAGAAAUGUACAAUACCGAGAUUUUAUUCUUGCGACUGGCCUGGAUCAAACUAUAAAUGGCUCUGAUACCUAAUAUUCAGGUUAGUGAGUUUGAAUGCUAACUUGAUUAUGUUGGAGGAAUAAUUUGCCAUCAGCCUAUAGUUAUUGCAGCUACAGAAUUUUACUUUCCAGGCAAUGUUUUAGUUUAAUAGCAAACACAUCUUUAACACAAUGAGUCUCACUGCUGGUCACAAGAUGUGUGUCAUCCUAAAAUUGCACUGCUGUGUGGAAAAUGACUCAUGCCUCCUGAUAAUUGUUUGAUUUGAAUUUUCAUACCUCUUAAACGUGUAAAACAGUAUCAGCAGAGGGAUAUUAAACCUUAUUAGAACAUGGUAUCUAAUUAACAAUAUGCCACUCUGGAAAACCAUAGUUAGCACCCUGUCUGUCACAUCAUGACAAAGACACAGUUACAGUGAUGUCAUUUAGGUUUGUGACUUUUUUUGAACAGCCUUUUUUGACUUGUUCAGUAAGGAUCAUGCAUCAUUCACAGAACAGACUAGAUGAAUAUAAAAACCAUAAAGAUUUUAGGUUGUUGAAUUCACCGUUUUUUUGUGUACAUUGUGUAUAUAUUAACAUGUGGGUGUUUGUGUGUGACUGGUAGUGUGCAAUAUUGGAAGUGGGGACUGGAGAAUAUAACUAUGUGGGAAGGUGUGCAGGUUGUAAGUAAAUAUGAACAAUUCUAUCGUGUACAAGACUCAAUCGAAAGGUUGUAUAAUUUAUCACAGCUUGCCUUGGAACUGUCGAUCCAAACAAAGCCUUUCCCAUGAUGCCGCACUGGCUUUCUCACGCGCUGUACUAAUGGCUCACUUCCCUGAAAAUUUUCCACGAGUAUCAAAAGUCAAAGAGCUUUCAACAAAGAGAAUUAAACCAGCUUAGCCUCCGAUGCAACACUGAUAGAAAGUGGUGCACUUCGAAAUCACUGCAGGUGUGUUUGCAGGAAGUGGUGGGUGAUAAAUUGCUGAACAAAUGGAACGGGCCCAAAAUGGCACUGUUAGACAAAAUACAUACAGUACACCUUAAAAAACAGAAAUGCAGAUUUUUACCUCUUGUGUAAUAAGGGAUAGACUGAGCAAAUGCCAUGCAGCAUUUCUGGAGAAAAGUGGAGAUAAAUUAUGGUGAAAUCAUGAUAGUGGUUGUGCCUCUACAGAAAUCAAACUCCAUGUGCAUUACUCACAAUGUUCAUUUGAUUUUCUACCUGUUCUGUUUCUCUGUUUUGUUUUAAAUAUCCCUGUAGGUUUUAUUUAUCCUCAUUAUCUUUGCCAAAUGCCUUUUUUAAGAGUAUUGCUGUAUUUUCGAUGACAACAUUGUUUUUGACUGUGUAUGUGUUGUACACUGUGUGUGUGUGAGACAGAUGAUGAGGAUGAUGUCUGUAACUGUGACAAUAUUUUAUGCCUUACCAAUGAAAAGUGUUCUCCCAGAAGUGUUUCUGUAGCAGUGAUGCUGGAGUUUUUUGCUUUGUUGAGGUUUGGGUGCAAUUUAUAGAUCUGAAAUAACUGUUGUUUGGACACUUUAUUAUAAUGAUGGUGGUGUCGUGCUAGCUUUUUGAUUGUAGGAUAAACAUACUGCCAUGUACAGUUUUCUGCAUGCAACGCUUUGGUGUCAAGUCACUGUAUAGAUUAACACAAACACAAACUAACUUUUGUUAUUUUAAGAUUGUAGCUUCAUUCUGUGACUUUGCAACAUUGGUUUUAUUUUAAGUUGUUUGAGGUGACUGAUAAAAAAACAAUUAAAAAAGUUUUGGUUCUAAUGGCUCAGUGCUUGUGACUAAAUUGUGCAUUUUUAAUUUAACGUGAAUCAGCAUUUUGAGGGAUUCAUGAGCAGACUGUUCACCCUGUGAAACUGAGAAAUUGUGGAGUCACUGUUUUUCAAAGCAAAGUCUUGGACUCGCCCGUGUCUUUGUGGGAUUAAUAUGUGCAAAUUUUGUAAAUAUAUGAUGUGUCAAUUCACAUCAGACUCAU